AUGAAGUUCAUUCUCAGCAUUGCAGCCAUCGCUGCUGUACUUGGUCAAGCUUCUGCCCACUCCUGGGUCGAGGAAAUGCAGAUCAUUGACCCUGCUACUGGUAAUUUCACUGGCGAUUAUGGAUACACUCGUGGCUAUGUUGCUCGCACCGACCCCGGCUUUGGUGGAGAGAGCAUGAAAUACCUUUUGCCUCCUUUGGACUCGGGUCGUACUCGUAUCGACAACACAGACUUGCUCUGCCACCCUUCUCAACGCACAUCCAACUACGACAAUGCAGCAUACCCCCGUCUUUCGGCUACUCCUGGCAGCUUUGUUGCCAUGAAGUAUCUGGAGAACGGCCAUGUCACCUUGCCUCUCACCCAAUCGGGCAAGCCCAAGGCUGGUGGCACAGUCUUUGUUUACGGUACCACUAAGCCCUCUUCAGACGAGAAGAUCGCAGAAGUUCUCAAGUGGAACACUGCCGGCAAUGGAGGUGAUUCGCGCGGAGUUCAACUUGCCGCUCAGAACUAUGAUGAUGGCCGCUGUCAUCAGAUUAAUGGUGAAGCCAUCUCUGUUCAGCGCCAAACCAGCUUCCCUGACAAAGUCGGUGGUCAGUCCGGCACCAAUGUGGAAAUGUGGUGCGAGACUGAUGUUCACAUUCCUACUUCCUACAAGGCUGGCGACACCUUGACGGUCUACUGGGUUUGGCAAUGGCCCUCUGAUCCCGACCCUAAAGUUUACCCCAAUGGCAAGGACGAGUAUUACACGUCGUGCGCCGAAAUCGACAUAGUC